AUGCCAUCAUUUGUUGGAUCUAGAUCGAAGAACAAGUACAACAUGGCAACAGCACGACCGGCAGCUGAUCCAGCAGCUCUAAAAGCCAAAGUUGUUGAACUCGAACGACAAGUUGCUGACUAUAAAACAAAACUCGAUGAAUUACGUCGCGCUAAAGCUACAACUGUUGUCAAAUUAGAAAAAGAAUAUGUUAAUACCAGUGUACCUGGGUUGAAUCGUCCGGAAAGAACAAAGCCAUGUGAAAAAUGCGAAGAAUAUGAAAAACUUCUCGAAAACGAAAGAAAAUCGAGUACACAACUAAAGAAAUUACUCGAACAAAAGGAUAAACAACCAUCAAGCAAUUCUGGUCCAUGUUCAAAAUGUAAUGAUCUGAAAAAAUUACUGGAUAUUGAAAAAUAUAAUAAUGAACAAUUGGCCGAACAAUUAAAACUUGAAAAGAAACAAACGGAAGAAGAACGAACUGCUAAAGAGGUACUUGAUCGAGCGUUGGACAUAACACAAAAUGAUUUAACCGAAACCAAGAAUCUUUGCGAAGCAUUACGUGUGGAAAACGAAGAUUACAGGAAAGUAUACGAACGAAUGAAACGAGAUCAUUCAGAAAAAAUGGCUGAUUUAGCUCAACGAGAAGAAGAAGCAAAGAAACAAGUCGCAACAUGGGAACAAAUGUACAAAGAAUGGAUGGCAACAAUGGAACGCCGAGUUAAUAAUUUACAAGUGACCAAUGAAGAACUUCAAACUUGGUUACAUGAUGAUAAUGAAAGAAGUCCUUACCGUCCAGUCGGUAGUGGUGGUAAUAAUAAUCAUCCUGCAAAUCAACGACGAUAA